AUGUCGUCCGAAGCUCGAGUUGAAAGGGACCGAGUGGAAUGGGCGAGGGGAGAAAGGGGCAGGGGCGAGCAGCGCUUGUUGAGCUCUCCCAACAUCCACCACCCGUCAGCCAAUCACCGCCCGGCUCCACGACCAACCAGCGUCGUGUGUAAAUUAAAAAAGGACCGGGCCGAGGGUGCGCCCAAAGCGACACGAGAGAGUGGUGGUAGAGAUGAAAAGACGGUUAAGGAAACGCAAAACGAUUAUGAGGUUGUGGUGGCAUAA